AUGACCCUGAACGGCUCAUCAACUCUGCUGCUAUAUUUACCGACCUGCUCCGCCCCGGGUCCUAGUGCCGGACUGUUCCAGGCUGGAAAUGUGCUGAUUCCUGUUUCCAUGUCCUUCAGAAAUCAUCCCAUCAUCGCAGAAGGACCCCUGCAGUACCUCCGCGGCCCCCCUAGGGGUCGCGGAACCCCGGUAAAAGACCCCUCCUUAAACGGAGUACCGACUCCGCCCACCCGGUUCCCGGCGGUGUGCGCCGGCGCCGCAGCGGAGCGGACCCCGGAAGUAAACAGAGCUAACGGCUACUCCAGCAGCAUGUCCUCGUGUGAGCUCCUGCGGGACUUCAUCCAGCACAGACUGGCGGCCGCCGCCCAGGAGAUCUUCUCCGAGGUGGAGAGGACCGUGGUCCGCUACCAGGACCAGCUGGACCGGUACCAGCAGGAGAUCAGCCGCCAGAGGAAGCUGCUGGACCGCAGCCGGACCCCCGACCCGGACCCGGACCCGGACCCGGACCGGGGCUCCGCAGACCCCGCAAAGAAAGAUGUUCACCAGGAGGAGGCGGUUCCAGCGGACCAGCAGAACCCCGGUCUGGACCAGCAGAACCCCAGUCUGGACCCGGAGGAACCGGGGCGUCUGCAGAUUAAAGAGGAGGAGGAGGAGGAAGUGGGCGGCAGUCGGGACGGAGAGCCGCUGGUUCUGAAGCAGGAGACGGAAACCUUCAUGGUGACGCUGACGUACGAAGAGAGCGACCACAACGAGACGGAACCAAACACUGACCCGUUUCAGGACCAGGACCCGGAGGCGGGUGAGGAUGUAGACCUGGGGGCCACCAGCAGUGCGGAGCUGAAGGUCCGGGAGGGUCUCCGUGUGGUUCUGGGUACCGACGGAGACGGUUCCUCCGCGGCGGAGCGUCCGCGGGACGCCGAUGCCGACGCCCCCAAACCGACCUACAAGUGCGGCGUCUGCGGGAAAGUGUUCAAGAACAAGUACCACGCGAAGAUGCACCAGCGGAUCCACUCGGGCGUGAAACCGUACGCCUGCAGCCACUGCGCCAAGCGGUUCAACGACGCGUCGACGCUCAAGUACCACACGCGGACGCACACGGGCGAGAAGCCGUACGCCUGCGAGACGUGCGGCAAGAGCUUCCGCUGCAGCUACAGCGUGCUGGUGCACAUGCGGACGCACACGGGCGAGAAGCCGUACGCCUGCACCACCUGCGGGAAGCGCUUCACCAACCUGUCGGCCUUCAAGUGGCACACGGCCAUCCACACGGGCGAGAAGCGCUACUCCUGCAAGGUGUGCGGCAAGAGCUUCACGCAGAGCGGGAACCUGACGGCGCACAUGGGGACGCACACGGGCGAGAAGCGCUACUCCUGCUCGGUGUGCGAGAAGAGCUUCAGCCGCAGCAGCAACCUGAUCGUGCACAUGAGGACACACACGGGCGAGAAGCCGUACCCCUGCGCCACCUGCGGCGAGCGCUUCAAGUACGCCUCCACGCUGAAGAAGCACCUGAGGACUCACGCCGACGGAGACUCGUACUCCUGCGAGACUUGUGGGCGGGGCCCCGCGGGGGGGAACCCCUCGGCCCAAACGGCAACUCACGCCUGCGGGCAGGGCGGCCCGGAGACCUCUGCAGGGAAGGGGGUCCGGGUACCCAAGCUGGAAGGAGACCUGCCUGGUGCGCUGGCGCUGCAGUUCCGCUCGCGGCCGCCAGGGGGCGGCGGCGGCGCCUCCACCGCUGUUCACCGAUGUGGACACGCGUUUCAGAGCGCAAUUCCCGUUGCCAUAGCAGCCAUGUCUUCGGUUGAACGUCUGACGGAGUUUAUAAGCGAGCGGCGACGUCCAGCCGCGGAGAAACCCGCCGUUAACGACGAUAUUCUGAUCGAUAUUCCCCGCAAAGCACCAAUAAACCUGAACCCAGCAGGUGGCCCCCAGGGGCCCGUGUGGAGGGAGGAGGCUGCCGCCCAAGGGUGCUGGGACCGGGACAGCAGCUCCAGCCUGGACCCGGAGGAGCUCCUGCAGGUGAAGGAGGAGCAGGACGAGCUGUGCGCCGGUCAGGAGGGGGAACUGGUGGUGGUGACGCUGAAGGAGGACCCGGACUCUGAACCGGACACGGACCCGCGUCCGCCCCAAAACCCUCCUGGAGAGGACACGGCGGACCGGGACGGAAACAAGCACCUGGACUUGUUGAAAUGUGACAUUUGCGGUAAAAUCUUCAGCACGAAGCAGCAGAUGAGGAAGCAUCACAGGAACCACACCUGCGAGAAGCGGUUUCCCUGCAGCACCUGCGGCAAGCGCUUCAAGGACGCGUCCUCCCUGAAAUACCACGUCCGGAUCCACACGGGCGAGAGACCCUACUCCUGCGAGACUUGCGGGAAGUCCUUCUCCUGCUGCGGGAAGUUGAUGGUCCACAGCCGGAUCCACACGGGGGACAAGCCGUACCUGUGCAACACCUGCGGCAGGGGCUUCUCCCAGUCGUCUGCGCUGAAGCGGCACACGGCCGUCCACACGGACGAGAAGUCGUACUCCUGCAAGAUCUGCGGCAAGAGCUUCAGCCAGAGCAGCGACGUGACGGUGCACACGAGGACGCACACGGGCGAGAAGCCCUACCUCUGCAAAACCUGCGGCAGGAGGUUCUCCGACUCGUCGGCGUUCAAGCGGCACGUGGCCAUCCACAUCAACGAGAAGCCGUACAGCUGCAAGAUCUGCGGCAAGAGCUUCCGGCAGAGCGGCCACCUGCUGCGUCACAAGACCAUCCACACGGGCGAGAAGCCCUUCUACUGCGAGGAGUGCGGCAAGAGCUUCAGGCAGAGCAACAACCUGCUGCGCCACCUGCGGAUCCACUCGGACGAGGGCUCCUUCGUCUGCACUUCCUGCGGGAAGCAGUUCAUCCGGCCCUCGUGGCUGAAGAGGCACAUGGAGACCCGCGCCUGCGAGGCCUAGCGCCAGGUCUCGUGUUCGCCGUUGAUGCUGCCACGGAUUCACGUUCGCUUCCGUUUCUGGACAUUUUGGAGAACUUGGGUCAUCGGAUAAACCGCUUUUUUAACUUUGUACCACCGAUCCGUGACAAUGAUUACCGUGGUACUGAAGAACUUGUCUCUACGGAAGAGUAUUAAGGCCAUGCAGGAGAAAAAAUAUUUGAGGUGAAGAUUUUUUUUUAUUGUGCACUUCGAGAAAA